UGCGCGCGCGCCGAGGACGCCGCCCGCGCCAACUCGGACCGCUACGCCGUCUACUGGAACCGCAGCAACCCCAGGUUCCACGUGGGCGCGCCGGGUGACGGCGGCGGCUACACGGUGGAGGUGAGCAUCAACGACUACCUGGACAUCUACUGCCCACACUACGGGGCGCCGCUGCCGCCCGCCGAGCGCAUGGAGCACUACGUCCUCUACAUGGUCAACGGCGAGGGCCACGCGUCCUGCGACCACCGGCAGCGCGGCUUCAAGCGCUGGGAGUGCAACCGGCCGGCCGCGCCCGGGGGGCCGCUCAAGUUUUCGGAGAAGUUCCAGCUCUUCACGCCCUUCUCGCUGGGCUUCGAGUUCCGCCCGGGCCACGAGUACUACUACAUCUCUGCCACGCCUCCUAAUGCCGUGGACUGGCCCUGCCUGCGGCUGAAGGUGUAUGUGCGGCCGACCAAUGAGACCCUGUACGAGGCCCCAGAGCCGAUCUUCACCAGUAACAACUCCUGCAGUGGCUUGGGCAGCUGCCGCCUCUUUCUGAGCACCGUCUCUGUGCUGUGGACCCUGCUGGGCUCCUAGUCCCGGCCCCACGUGGACGCCCGACUUGCGACCCUGCCGUGGCCACCUCCAAGACCAAAUAGAGACGCUGCUCUCCCUGGAGCUGCUGCCCCAGCCGGGAGGGCCGAGCCCUGGCCCGGGGAGGGGGCACUGGGCAGCUGUACGGCCCGGCCCAGCCAUCUCUUCUGGGGAGGCCCCGGCCCCCUCUAGGUGAUUUUAUGUGUUGGGUUUUGUUUUGUUUUUUUGUUUUUUUCGUUUGCUCGUUUGUUUGUUUUUCAGUGUAUUUUUCAUGAUUGGAUCAGAAAGACUUGAGUUUUUAAUUUAAUUUAUUCCCUGCGGUCGCCAGCAACUUUGGAAAGGAAUUAAUCGAUGUCUCCUGGCCCCCCAGGGAGGGGAAUCUGGGGACACCAGGGCCAGUCACUUCUCUGCUCUGUGCCCCGUCUCGCAGGUCCUGGCUGGAGCCCACCGCAGACCCUCAGGUACCCUGAGACAGGUGUGUGGUGCAGACCCCUCCUUGUGGUCCCGGAGACCAAAUUCUCCUGCCUCAGCCCCCUUGUUCCUGGUGAUUGCUUCCAGCCACUGUGGGGCUACAGCCCCACUUGGGGAUCACAGCUCCGUACAUCUCAGCCUGUGCAAACAGGCCCCCACCCGGCCCCUCUGCCCAGCUGAGAAGACAUUAUAUUUCUGUAAAUAGAGCCAGCAAGUAUAAUAUACUGUGAUUUAUUUUUAAUGUAUUCCUGAGGAUGGACUGGAAAAAAAUUUUUUUUAGCCCUUUGUUAGGGUCUUUUAUUUUGGCGGGGGGAUGGGAGGGUUACUUUUUAGAAUAGAAGCAACACUUGGCAAUAAGCUCGUUUUGUCUGUCAGAACCCCCCCUCCCUUCACUAUCUGACCUAAUAAUGUUUCUAAAAACAACAACAAAAAAAUGGACAGAACAAAAAGGGAGGGGGGACUACUACCAAAAACACCAACCCCUCCCCAAGACAACAUAAUGAAGGAAACAACGCAUUUAUACAGAUUUCAUAUUUCUACCCGCCUUUCCUGACUGUGUUUUAUAUAUAUUAUAAUAUAAAUAUAUAUUGUGUACGGCCGCCGGGGGACGCCCACGCCUGCUGUGGUGAGGGGCGGCGGGGGCUUUUGUAGGGACCGUGGGGCGGGCCGUGUGGCCACGCCUGGAGCUGGCGCCGGGCCUCCCCCCAUCACAAUCAACUUUGGAUUCUGUAUUUUUUUAUAAUAAAAUGCAUAAACUUCAAA